AUGCAGCUCACAAAGUUGAUCAUUUUUGCAUCUGCCGCUCUGGGCGCGGUUGCUCAGUACGACGACGGUCUCUACGACGAGGCUGUAUACGAGGAUAGUUUAUACGACAACAUUGACGAAUACGCCAUCGGAGCAGCCGUCUAUAAGAGGCCCAAUGGAGGAUUUCCUCCACGGUACUUGGUUCAGCACUGGAACAAAUGUGAAAAGAUUACACCUCCCAUCGGAGGAGAUGUCCAAUCGAUUAGAGUUCCCCAUGGCGCUCGUUGCGCCCUGUACCGGGAUCCGCACUGCCAACACGUUAUUCCCGGCGGCGUCUACGGCCCCGGCCUUAAGAAUGUUGGCGGUUUGCCCCGACACGCUCACUUUAUCAAAUGCCACCACUAA